AUGAAAAACAAUUGUGGGAUGAAUGUUGCCAGCACUACAAUCACUUUAGUAGGCUUUGCUUUUCUCUCAACAAACUUGGUAACUAGCAUCUUGUUAUUCAAGAGUUGUCAGUCUGCACCAUCAUGGGACUUAUGCAUUUACCUGGGUUGCCUUGUGUUUUUAAUGCUGAUCUUUACCUUGAUAGAAUUAUGCAUAACCAUCUCUAACUCAGCCAUGGGGUGCAAAGCAAACUGCUUUAGUUCAAGAGAGAUGGGUUUGUUUAAAUGA